UCGGCGGCAAAGGCGACGUUACUACAAGAUGGCCCUCGUCGUGCUGGACGCAGCCAACGUGGCCACGAUCACAGCCGGCAACCUCCAGAUCGACCGAGUCCGCGCCGCCUUGGACUACUUUGCGCGCCUGCAGCUGCGCUGUGUGGCGUUCGCGCCGCGCUACUGGCUCGAUGGCACCAAGUACUUCCAGGACGAGGGUAGCCAGGAGAAAGUGCGAGCGCUCGUGGCCGAGGGCAAGCUCGUGCUCACGCCUCCGCAAGCCCACGACGACUACUACGUGAUCGACUAUGCGAUCAAGCACGACGGCUUUGUCGUCACGAACGACAUGUUUCGCGACCAUUGCAUGCAGAAGCGCCGCUUCCACGGCCAAGUGCUCACGUCCACGUGGGUCAAGAGCCACUGCAUCGACUUUACUUUUGUCGUUGACGAAUUCUUGCCCAACUCGCAGCUCAUGGACAAGGUGCAACGCGCCAACAAGUCGGGUGGCGGCGACGCGCGGGCCACGCCGACGCCGGUCGCUACGACAGAUGCAGCCGUACCUGCCGAGUCGCCAGCCCAAGCGUUAGUGGACGAAAGUGACGACACGAUGAUGGUGGACGACGACGAGAGCAAGGCGGCCAAUGCGUCCAACACGCGGCGCCGCGUCGAUCUCUCCGAGGCCGUCUACAUUCAAAUUCCCAUGGACAUUGUCGAGCUUCUCCACGCCAACGACGACGCGGGUCUCAAGCACUUUAUGGACAUGUCGGGCACCUACAUCACGCUCGGGAAGGCGCCGCCGCGCGGGCAAACCAACGUGACACUGUGCAUCCACGGGUCGCGCGAGCACUGCGAGAUUGCCAUGCACGCCGUCCACGCCUUUUUGCACGACUACGUGGCGCAGCAGCAACGCGCCCACGAGCAAGCGCUUCUACAGCAGCAAGCUCACGAGCAAGCGCUUCUGCAGCAGCAAGCCCAUGAGCAAGCGCUUCUGCAGCAACAGGCCCAUGAGCAAGCACUUCUGCAGCAGCAAGCCCAUGAGCAUGCACUUUUGCAGCAACAAGCUGAAGCGCUGAGGCAGCAAGACUACCAGCGCCACUUGGAAUACCAGCACCAUAUUCAACAGCAGCAACAGUACCAGCAGCAGCAGCAACAACACCAACACCACCAGCAGCAGCAGCAGCAACACCACCAACACCAGCACCCGACACUUCCGCCGUACACCCAACCCUACAUGAUGCCACCGUCGUCGUGGCCACACCAGACGAGUAUGUAG